AUGGCGAACCGUUGGUGGGGGGGACAAAUGGGUCUUUCCGGAAUUGACCCGUCCAUGUCCGGGUCAUCAACGCCCUUCAAGAAGUCAUCAGAUCUGGGAAUCUCAAUUAACGACAACAAUGGCGGAGAAGAAGAAGAGGAGAGAGAGAACAGCGACGAGCCCAAAGAAGGUGCAGUUGUUGCAAACCGGAGGCCAAGAGGUAGACCGGCCGGUUCAAAAAACAAACCAAAACCCCCGAUCUUCGUCACAAGGGACAGCCCUAACGCCCUCCGUAGCCACGUGAUGGAAGUCGGGACAGGAUCCGACGUGGCGGAGUCCAUGGCAAACUUUGCAAGGCGCCGCCAGCGUGGCGUAUGUGUACUCAGCGCCAGCGGCCAGGUCACAAACGUAACCCUACGCCAACCAUCUGCACCUGGGUCGGUCAUGGCUUUACAAGGUCGAUUCGAGAUCCUGUCGUUGACCGGUGCUUUUCUUCCGGGCCCAGCCCCGCCAGGAUCGACCGGUCUGACAGUGUACUUGUCGGGUGGACAAGGGCAGGUUAUAGGCGGAUGCGUGGUGGGUCCUCUGUUGGCGGCUGGUCCGGUGAUGGUUAUUGCUGCAACGUUCUCGAACGCAACGUACGAAAGGCUGCCGUUGGAGGAGGAAGAUGCGGCUGAUGGUACUAGUACUGGUGGACCUAUACUUGCUACUGGGGGUUCGUCUCCUCCUCCGGGGAUGGGGUUAUUGCCACAACAGGCAGGCGGGUUGGGGGAGUCGGGCGGCGGAUCAUUAUCUGGAUUCGGGUUGCCUCCUAACUUGCUUCCGAAUCAUGAUUCAUUUGCUUGGAACCAUGGCCAUGCCCGUCCUCCUUAUUAAUAA